GCAUCAGAGUGGGCGGUAGAUGGGUUGGUCAGUCUGAUCCAGACCCUUUAUAAAUGAAAGGGCAGUAAGGAGAGCAGAGCAAACUCCUAACAAGAGGAGACUUACUCAUGGCCUAUGAGACAGCGGAUCAUGAGACUCAAUACUGCUUUCCUGCCACCAACUCAUCCUGUAUCAAGGAAAAACGCUCAAACCAUGAAUACAAUAUCAUGUAUGUGUUUUUUUUAUUUCUGUCAGCCUGGACUGUGUUUCUGAACCUGCUGGUGAUCAUCUCCAUCUCUCACUUCAAGAAGCUUCACACUCCAACAAACCUGCUCAUUCUCUCUCUGGCUGUGGCGGACCUGUUUAUUGGAUUUAUUGUGAUGCCUGUAGAAGCUAUCAGGUUGAUUGAGACCUGUUGGUACUUUGGAGACACUCUCUGUGGACUGUUUAUGUUAAUCAUGGGAGUACUUUUAACAGCAUCAAUCAGUAAUUUAGUUUUAAUUGCCAUUGAUCGAUACAUGGCCGUGUGUCACCCUUUACUGUACCCACAGAAAAUAACCACAACUAAAACUUUAAUAAGCAUCUGUCUCUGCUGGUUUUGGUCUUCAAGUUACAGUGUUGCAUAUGCAGUUAGUAACGGAUAUUUUAAUACCUCACACACAUUUUGUUAUGGUCAAUGUAUUGUCAUGUUUAGUCCUGCUUGGCGAUUCACUGAUUUGACCAUUUCCUUCUUAUAUCCUUGUACUGUCAUAAUCACUGUAUAUCUGAGGAUAUUUUAUGUUGCACAACAACAAAUGAAAGUUAUAAACGCAAUGACAGGAGAAAAAUGUGUAAUGGUUUCAGUGAGGAGAAAGUCAGAGAAUAAAGCUGCUCUGACAUUAGGAAUCAUUGUGACUGUUUAUCUAUUUUGCUGGAUUCCAUACUAUAUCUGUACUCUUACAGAAACCACAGCAAUUCCAUCUAAUUCAAUGACUUUUUUAACAUGGACCUUUUAUAUAAACUCAAGUGUGAAUCCUCUUAUCUAUGCCUUAUUUUACCGCUGGUUUAAAGUGUCAAUUAAACACAUAUUAACUCUAAGAAUAUUUCAGCCAGCAUCCUCUCUGGUGGACAUUUUUACAGAUUAUAAUUCACAUGCUCCACUCAAAAAAUAAAUUAAUACAGGUCUGGAACAACAUAAAAUUAGUAAAUGUACUUUAUGCUAAUAACUAUACUUAUGUAGUAUGACGUAAAAGCUUUCAAGCUUUUCAAAUUUUACAUUUUAUGAGAAAAAAAAUCACUUCCAAUAUUGGAACUUCUGAAUGAGAGUUGAAUAUGCAGCAUCAUGUACAGAGGCCUGUUUAACUGCUGUUUUAAAGGGGUCAUAUGAUGUGAGCUUUGGGGCUGUUUUUCUGCUAAGGGUACAGGACGACUUCACUGAGAGGCAAAUGGAUGGGGCCAUGUACUAUAAAAUUUUGGACAAGAACCUCCUUCCCUCAGCCAGAACACUGAGGAUGACCCGAAACAUACUGCCAAGGCAACAAAGGAGUGGCUCAAGAAGAAGCACAUUAAGGUCAUGGAGUGGCUGAGUCAGUCUCCAGACCUCAAUCCUAUAGAAAAUCUGUGGAGGGAGCUGAAGUUCUUUCUUGAACUUCAAGAAACCUUAAAGGGGUCGUAUGAUGUUGCUAAAAAGAACAUUAUUUUGUG